AUGAGCCAUCACCCUUCCGUCAAGCAAUUCGGCUUGACGCAGAUUUAUGUGCCUCCGCGUGGAGCAAUCCCCACAGUGGAUAUAGUCUUGGUCCACGGCUUGAAUGGUCAUCCUGAGACCUCGUGGACCAGCAAGACCUCGGGAUGCUUCUGGCCAGUGGAUCUUCUGCCAGAUGUCCUUGGGCCGUUGCGACCUCGAAUCUUGACAUAUGGGUAUAAUGCAAACGUCGUCGCAUUCACUGAUGGCGCAUCGCGAGACUCUGUCGUGAGCCACGCAGAAACCCUGGCAUCCACCCUCGCCGCAAAUCGAAAUUUGCGCAGUUGUCCCAAUCGUCCAAUUAUCUUCAUCUGCCAUUCCCUCGGCGGUCUGGUGGUGAAACGCGCCCUGAUCUAUUCUCGCAGCCUUUCCAAUGAAAAGACCGAGCAUCUUCGCUCCGUAUAUAUCUCAACCUUUGGGAUCCUCUUUCUCGGCACCCCGCACAAUGGCUCAGACAUGGCGAAAUGGGGUCUCCUGCUGCAAAAGAUUUGCUCAGCAGUCCUCCCAAAGAAAUUUAUGGAGACAUCGCCGCAGUUGAUCAAGUCACUGCAGACCAACAACGAGACCCUGCAGCAUAUCAACAGUCUGUUUGCAGACAUCAUGAGCCGGUUUCACAUAUACUUCUUCCAUGAGACGCGCUCAAUGGACGUCAAGGGAACGCGGGAAAUCAUCGUCGAUGAGUCCUCGGCCGCACCGUACUUUGAAGGUGUCGAACGAGGCGGAAUCGAGGCCGAUCACAGCCACAUGUGCAAAUUCGACGAUGAGAACUCGCCGGGCUACGAGGUGGUUGCUGAGGCCAUCCUUCGUUAUUCUCGUGAGGCACCAUCUGUGAUCGCCGACCGUUGGAUCGAAGAGCGCAAGACCCGAGCCAUGGAGAAGAGGGCCAAGGCGCGAGAGAUCUACGACGGCACGGAUGACCCCACGGACCGGGGCACGCCAGAAUUGAAUGCCCGAGCACCCGGCCAUCGUUCUGUACCAAAUCUGGGUCGAGGAGUCGUCACCGAUGAGGGCAGCUCAUCCGUACUCGAAAAGGACAAAAUUGACGCUCACCCACUUUCACGUUCCUUGACUCACCUUCCAUCCCAACGAGAGCCCGCACUUUUGGUCGCACCUCCCGGAUUUCACCCCAACGCAGCUUUUUUCGGGAUGGAGAAGCAACUGGACGAGCUGCACAAGCGACUGUUCAAAGCCAAAGCACGCGCAGAGCGCACGAUGGCUGUUUUGAUCGCGGGAGUGCCCGGUUCGGGAAAGACUCACCUCGCACGGCAAUACGUCUUCACACAGCUCGACUGCUACUCGGGAGGAGUAUUCUGGGUCGACGCCAAAUCUCGCGAGUCGAUACAUAAGUGUUUCUGGGAGAUUGCACAGGCGGCCGCGCUUAUUGAACAAAAUGAGGCCGAUGAACCGGAAUACAAACAAUCUCAGACUUACGUGGAUGCUGUCCGCAACUGGCUACAGUCACGCCAUGAAUGGCUUUUGAUUUUCGACGGGAUUCUGUUCGAUCACGACGAUGACAUUAACAAGUUCCGCUCCUUUUUACCGUGGAGUAAGAGAUGCAGCAUCAUCUACACAUCGAUCACUUCUACCCUCCGCAAGAAACAGCGAUUGUUUGAACCAUAUUGCCUAUCUGUGCCUCGGCUAAAGGUCGAAGAUGCCUGCAAGCUUCUGUAUCGUGACCUUGGUAUCAGAAGGCCGACAGCUGAGCAAUGCGCCAAAGCUACGGAGCUGGUGGAAUACUACGAGUGUUUGCCAUUAGCCAUUCACGCAAUAGGCCACCGCCUGAAUGCGACUGGGAAACGAAUUGAAAGAUACCGAGUCAAACAUCAGGUCACGGACAAAAAGCUCGCGGAACCAUUUCUCAGCAUCAUGAAUGAUCUGUACCGGCUCAAUCAACGUGAAGCUUUGAAUCUGAUCAACUUGCUUUCCUUUCUCAGUCAUCAAGUCCCCGUCGGUCUGCUUCUCCUUGGGCGAUCCAUCAUGACUGCCGAAAAUGCAGAAAUCUUGUCCAGCGCGCAGUCUGGAGAGGAACCUGAUCUUGACACCACGUUGGGCACAUUGAUCAACUACGGCUUGGUGGAGCGAACAUCCGAACUGGAUAUGAAUUUACAACAAAUCUCGUCAUCCCAAUAUUCGAGCGACGAGAUGCAAGUCGACCCUAGAUUGACUCCCCAAUUAACCGACUCCUUUACGGGGAGCAGCCAGGAUGGCUUUUUCUCCUUGUAUCGCAGCAGCUCUGGAGUCGACAUUGUGAAAGUCCACAGCGUCGUGCAGGGCUUUUGCCGCGACGAGCUCAAGAUCAAGGAUGAGGAUCAUAAAGACAUCAUCAUGCAAACCCCUGGUUUCUACGACUCAUGGCUCAUUGUCGCCACACGAUUUCUUUGCAGAUCUUAUGAGAUGGCCAAGGAAAGAAUGGCUCACUAUAACGACUGUGGACUCGUACGCGACUACCGGGAGUAUGAAACUCAGGCAUCCCGUCUGGCUGAACUCUUUCCUCGGAAGCCAGCGAUGGAGAAUCACCCGCCUGUCCUUCGGGAGGCGCGUGAGACCCUGAAGCAAUUGAUGAAAAGCGUCAGCAACGAGAUUGACCGUAUGUCACCGAGCUCCUCUCAAGAGUCAACUCGAAAUCAAAAGUCCGUGUUUGAUAGAUCAAGCAGCUCAUCCUCCUCGUUUCCCGAAUCCUCGGCCGACGAAGGUGGUCUUUCGCGCGAAUCGACCUGGAACUUUACCGAAUCCGGAUCUGUUCGUGCUGCAUCUCCCGAGGAGAUGACGCGGGCGCCUGCCUUCAGGUUGGAGCUUUUCCCUCCUCAUGUUUACCAUCAUGCCGAGUCCGGGUCCGACGACGGCUACGAGACUGAUGGCGAUGAUGCGAAUGAGGCGCCCAAGAUUUCUCCCGCGUUGUCGCAGAUAAGUCAAAAUACAGAACGACCACGAGAUUCACCUGCUUCCCACAGCCCACCGAUCCCGUAUAAUGGGAUCCAGGACUGGCAACUCGCACAAUCUUACUCACAUAUUUAUUCUGCCGAACCGGCGCCACCAAGCCAAAAAUCCCGCGGACCACGGCGACUCCGUAGCCCACCAUUAGGUAGUCCACUUGUCGAAAUCUCCCCGAUUGAGGGCAGAGGAUCGUCCAGUCGCGCCUCAUCGGAGCAAGGUAGAAGCCCCUCAGUUUCAGGAUCAACUGCCGAGUCUGCGCUUGCUGCGGUAAGACGAAUGAACGGAAGUCAGAGCUUAUCAGGACAAAGAAGUCUGUCUGGUUCCAGUACUUCACCAACAAACGCCGAGAACGCGCCCCCGUAUGCCAAAAUGGCUGCGAAGCGAACGGCCGACGCAGAUGACAUGUCCAUCAGGCGUCCACCAUCAUCAUCGACUUCUGGGAAUUUGGACGUUCAAUCAGAGGUACACAUAAGGUCGUCUGACGAUUUGCCUGAUAGCCAUCCAGGUCGAACGCUUGGCUCUCCGCUCGCCCGCGAGUUGAUGUCGCAUGAUAUUCUGACAGACCCGCCGAGCCGACCUACGUACAGAGAGACUGACCGCAGACCACUGACUCAAUCUUUAGGGGCAUUGGAUCUGUAUGGGACAGCUACGUCCGGUCUCGACUCUCGUCGUCCUUCCUUACAGGCCAACCUUGAUCUAACCGCCAGUGCUUCGACCCUGAUUCCUUACACCAUUCCCACGAGGAACGUCUCCGCAAGCACACCAUCGCUUCUUCAGUAUCCGCCCCCACUACUACCCGUCGACCAUGAUAUCUCGAUCACCAUUACCCCAAAGCCCUCCUUACCGCAACACGUCACGCGGGGCGCAGUUUUAGGCCCCCCUGUGGCGUCCACACCUGCAAAGGUUGCUCAUCCGUCUGCCAUCUUGCCCGGGUCACUGCCUUUAUCGAUGGCUGCAUCUGACUCGGCUUUAAUGAGUGAGAGCGAGCAAAUCGGCUCAGAACCCUUAUCUCGUGGCUCUUCCACUUUUUCCACCCAGUCUUGCGCCACAGAGCCUGUCCGAUCACCCCCUCAAUUCUCACCACCAUCUUUCUUUGUUGGGCCGGCUCAGUCGCUCUCUGCGUCAAGCACCCAGUGGGUUUCCGCGCCCGUCUCCGACGGCCAUGUUGGCGCCCUCCCAUCUGAGCAAGUGUACGCGCUCUCUGGAUUUUCUCGUGGCCGGAUAGGGUCGGUCGAUGAAAGAAUCAUAGAUACAAGCCAGGAAUGGGUCUCAGAUUUGGAGCCCGGACCACUUCUCCCUGUCGCAGGACAUCGGCUCGACGUGCGGGAUCCACGGCUGAGGCUGCACGGCGUGAGAAAACUCCAAACGCCGAGAAACAUUCCCUCGUAUCGUCUUCUGCAUCCAAAUAUCUCGGGCCCCAUUAUCCCCGGCCACGAACAGGCCUACUUGCCAACUCAGAACGGAUCCGUCCCCCCGGCGCGUCCGAGAAGUGGGAGCUCUCCAGCAAAACCAAAUUAUGCCUACUCCGGACCGAGGGUUUGA